GCCGAAUCCAGUGAGCUAGAAGUCCACCUGAGCUAAUUGUCUUCUGGCUUUCUCGUCAAACGCAGCAACUCUCUGGCUUCUUUCCGGAUUAGCAUUUUUUGAUUUAGCACUCAGGGAGAAUUUGCCUUUUUUCCGAAUUCUUUCUACUUCUCUUCUUCUGUUCUUCAUAUAUUCUCUCUUCCUUUCUUAUCUUGACCUUCUCUUUUACAUGCUCCUCUUCUGCAGCAGAAUGUCUUUCGGCAGUGGGUCCGUCGGCACGACCAAGGACCCACAGUUGUUCUCGCUCACGAGUCUGUGCGUUUUUUUUUGCAGUUACACGGUCUGGACAGAACCGGGACCGGGGUGGAAGGCUGUGUACUUCUGUUCUGGUGAUGGGAAAGCAAGCACCUCCGGAAAACUAGACUGUCCUCGUCGGUGCUAUCCUCCGGCUGCAACGGCCACGAGGAGAACGAUCAGCAAUACUUGCUCGAUACUGUACCCCUUCUCGUCUCUCAUAUCACACAACGAUCAAGACCGACCUGCUCGUGAUAAUAGCAAAAAAGACCACGUCGCGACAGUCAUUUCCAUCUCUCUUCUCGUCCCCAAGUCUCCCACCAUAAACACAAACACAAGCGAAAGCCGAAACAAGCCACUGAUCAGAGUUGGAAACCAUAUAUCUACACUUUCUCCUCUUCCUUCUUUCUCUCAUUCAAUCUUUCCCGCGCAAAGUUUACAUCGUCGCGCGCAGGUCGUGCCCUGCAUGACUUUCGUACGCUGACAUGCUAUCAAAAGGACUCACUCUCUUCCCUCGGGAUCAUCCUUCCCAGACCGUACGUACAGGACAUGCCUGCAUACAAAGACCCAUUGCGGGGCGAGUGUAAGACCACCUCGGCGUGAUCCUGCACUCUGCUGUUCAACCGCGAGAUAUCUGUUUGUCCGCAUUGAGAAAUCGUCGGUCCGGCAAAAGCGGCACACCGUCGUCUGAUUUCUUGAUUCCCUUUUUUGCUUCAUUUUCGUUUUUAGAGUCACUUUACUUCUGCUUUAUAUCUCAUGCGUAAAUUUGUGACCUGUAGAAAUGUUCUAUAAAUAACAAGUUACUAGCCA